AUGGGUGACGGUACGAUGGGAUCGGUUAGCUUCCUGCAUCUGGGUGACAUCGUGUCCCUCUACUCGGAGGGCAGUGUGUCCGGGUUUCUCAGCACCCUCGGCCUCGUCGAUGACCGGGUGGUGGUGUGUCCGGCCGCGGGCGAUCUCAACGAUCCGCCGGAAAAGUUCCGCGAUUGUCUCAUCAAAAUCUGCCCCAUGAACCGGUACUCGGCCCAGAAGCAGUUCUGGAAGGCGGCCAAACAGAGCACCACGGCGAACACGGACACCAGUUUGCUGAAACGAUUGCAUCACGCGGCGGAGAUCGAGAAGAAGCAGAAUGAGUCGGAGAACAAGAAGCUCCUGGGGACGGUCGUGCAGUAUGGCAGCGUGGUGCAGUUGCUGCACCUGAAGUCCAACAAAUACGUCACGGUCAACAUCCGGUUGCCGGCGUUGCUGGAGAAGAACGCGAUGCGGGUCUACCUCGAUGCGAACGGCAACGAGGGCUCGUGGUUCUACAUCAUGCCGUUCUACAAGCUGCGGUCGGCCGGCGAUAAUGUCGUGGUGAGCGAUAAGGUGAUCCUGAAGCCGGUCAACGCGAACCGGCAAAAUCUGCACGUGGCGGCCACGUACGAGCUGCCGGACAACCCGGGCAGCAAGGAGGUGAACGUGCUGAAUUCGUCCACCUCCUGGAAGAUCACGCUGUUCAUGGAGCAGCGCGAGAACCAGGAGGACGUCCUGAAGGGGGGCGACGUGGUGCGGUUGUUUCACGCCGAGCAAGAAAAGUUCCUCACGAUGGACGAGUACAAGAAGCACCAGCACGUGUUUCUGCGCACGACCGGCCGGAGCAGUGCGACGGCGGCCACCAGCAGCAAGGCGCUCUGGGAGGUGGAAGUGGUGCAGCAUGACAGUUGCCGGGGCGGUGCCGGCCACUGGAACUCGCUGUUUCGCUUCAAGCACCUCGCGACGGGCUACUACCUGGCGGCCGAGAUUGAUGAGGACAUUUCACGGGCGGAAAAAUCCAGCAGCUCCAGCCAUCCCGGGGCCGGUGGGGACUCGUUCCGGCUGGUGCCGGUUCCCCACUCGACGGACAUUGCGUCGGUGUUUGAGCUCGACUCGACGACCAUCACGCGGCCGGAGGGUCUGGUGCCGCAGUCGAGCUACGUCCGGUUGCGGCACCUCUGCUCGAACACCUGGGUCCACGCGACGUCCGUGCCGAUCGACAUCGACGACGACAAGCCGGUGAUGUCGAAGGUGGGCUGCUCGGCGAUCAAGGAGGACAAGGAGGCGUUCCAGCUGAUCCCGGUGUCGCCGGUGGAGGUGCGCGAUCUCGACUUUGCCAACGAUGCCUGCAAGUUGCUGCUGGCCAUGAGCACGAAGCUCGAGAACGGAACGAUCUCGUCGAACGAGCGCCGCUCGCUGAUCGCCCUGCUGCAGGACAUUGUGUUUUUCAUCGCGGGCCAGGAGAACGAUCAGAACAAGUCGGACGCGCUUGAUCUGACGAUCAACAACCCGAACCGGGACCGCCAGAAGCUGCUGCGUGAGCAGUACAUCCUGAAGCAGCUGUUCAAGAUCCUGCAGGGGCCGUUCCAGGAGACGAAAACGAACGAUGGGCCGUUCCUGCGGAUCGACGAGCUGGGCGAUCCGAAAAACGCUCCGUUCAAGAACAUCUUUCGUCUGUGCUACCGCAUUCUGAAGCUCAGCCAGCAGGACUACCGCAAGAACCAGGAGUACAUCGCGAAGCACUUCGGCUUGAUGCAGAAACAGAUCGGGUACGACAUCCUGGCGGAGGACACGAUCACGGCGCUGCUGCACAACAACCGGAAGCUGCUCGAGAAGCACAUUACGGCCGCGGAGAUUGAAACGUUCGUCGGGUUGGUGCGCAAAAACAUGCACAGCUGGCAGUCGCGCUUCCUCGACUAUCUGUCCGAUCUGUGCGUCUCGAACAAGAAGGCGAUCGCGGUCACGCAGGAGCUGAUCUGCAAGAGUGUGCUGAGCGCGAAGAACGCCGACAUACUGAUCGAAACGUUUCUGCGCGAACUCGACGACGAUCCGUUGGGCUACCUGAGCGAGCUGGAGCGCGGCAACCGAGAGUUUACGGAACUGCGUGAGGUGGACGAAACGGCGGGCUCCCCUUCGUCACCGGCUGAAGGAGCGGACGGAGCGAAGCGAAAGGACGACCGGAAGCGUCACGAGGUGGUCCUGAUGUGGACGAACCGGACGCAAUCGAAAUCGAUGAGUCGGUUGGCGCAGGGGCUGAAGAUUGGCCGCACGAACGAUAUCGCGAUCCUGGACUACUAUCGGCACCAGUUGAACCUUUUCUCGAACAUGUGCCUCAACCGGCAGUACUUGGCGCUCAACAAUCUGUCGCCCCACCUCGACAUCGAUCUCAUACUGCGCUGCAUGUCCGACAAGACCGUUCCGUACGAUCUGCGGGCCUCGUUCUGCCGCCUGAUGCUGCACCUGCACGUCGAUCGCGAUCCACAGGAACCGGUCACGCCGGUCAAGUACGCUCGCCUGUGGUCCGAAAUACCGACCGUCAUGUCGAUCAACGAUUACGACAUCGAGAAGCAGCCGGACAGCAACAAGGAAGCGGUCCGGGCCCGGUUCAACAAAACGAUCGCCUUCGUAGAGGACUAUCUGUGCAAUCACGUCGUCUCGAAGAUGUGGUUCGCCGACCAGGACCAAAACAAGCUGACUUUCGAGGUGGUCAAGCUGGCGCGCGACCUGAUCUACUUCGGGUUCUACAGCUUCAGCGAUCUGCUGCGGCUGACGAAGACGCUGCUUAACAUACUGGACUGUGUGUCGAGCAGCGAGGCCGACGGAACCGGACUUCCCACGGUUUUGUUCUACUCCCCGUCUGCAGCUGAGGGCGGCGUGCUGCGUCGGAUUGGCGAUAUGGGUGCCGUGAUGACGUCCCUGACCCUGGGCCCAAUCUCAACCGCCAUCGUUUCACCGACCAUCCAGCACCGCAAGUCCGUUUCGCAGCUCCUGAAAGAGUACCCGCUGGUGAUGGACACCAAGCUGAAGAUCAUCGAGAUCCUGCAGUUCAUCCUGGACGUGCGCCUAGACUAUCGCAUCAGUUGCCUGCUGUCGAUCUUCAAGCGUGAGUUUGACGAAAACGAACAAACCACGACGGACGCUCGUCCGAUCGCUCCGUCCCCGAUUAUGGCACCACCGACCGUGAUUGCCCCGGUGGAGCCACCAGUCUCGGUGGUAGCACCAGCCGCGACGGCUGAGAACAUUAAUCUGCGCCAGAAGAACAUCGACCUCGAGUCGAUCGGCUACCAGGCGGAGGGUAUCUUCGGGUGCACAGAGGACACCUACAAUCCGCUCGAUUUAGACGGCCAGGGCGGGCGAACGUUCUUGCGCGUCCUGCUCCACCUGAUCAUGCACGAGUAUCCGGCACUGGUAUCGGGCGCCCUGCAUCUGCUGUUCCGCCACUUUAGCCAGCGCCACGAGGUGUUGCACGCGUUCCGCCAGGUGCAGCUGCUGGUGUCGGACAGUGACGUGGAGUCGUACAAACAGAUCAAGUCCGACCUGGACGUGCUGCGCCAGAGUGUGGAAAAGUCGGAACUUUGGGUGUACAAAUCGAAACAAACGGACGAUCUGUUGACGGGCGAUGGCGCUGGUGAUGGUCUCAACUUUGACCAGGGACCGGAACUGAACCCCGAGCAGGCUCUGGAGUACAAGAAGAUUCAGCAGAUUCUGAUCCGCAUGAACAAACUGUGCGUCACGCCCAUCGGGCCCGAUGGGUUCGUGAAGCCGCGGAAGCACGAGCAGCGGUUGCUGCGAAACGUUGGUGUCCACACGGUCGUCCUGGAUCUGCUGCAGAUUCCGUACGACGAGAAGGACGACUAUCGGAUGAACGAGCUGAUGCGGUUGGCGCACGAGUUUUUGCAAAACUUUUGCCUCGGCAACCAGCAGAACCAGAUUCUGCUCCACAAGCAGCUCGAUCUGUUCCUUAACCCGGGCAUUCUCGAAGCGGAAACGGUGUGUGCUAUUUUCAAAGACAAUCUCAACCUCUGUAACGAGGUCAGCGACAAGGUGGUGCAACACUUUGUCCACUGCGUCGAGAUCCACGGGCGGCACGUGGAGUACCUAAAGUUCCUGCAGACGAUCAUCAAGGCGGAGAACCAGUUCAUACGCAAGUGCCAGGACAUGGUGAUGCAGGAGCUGGUGAACGCGGGCGAAGAGGUGCUCGUGUUCUACAACGAUAAGGGUUCGUUCAACUACUUUGUCGAGCAGAUGCGCUGCUUCAGCAGCGGCACGCUGGCCGAUCCGGUUCCGCUGAUGUACCACAUCGAGCUCGUGAAGCUGCUGGCCUGCUGCACGAUGGGCAAGAACGUGUACACGGAGAUCAAGUGCAACAGUUUGCUGGCGCUGGACGACAUCGUGGCGAUGAUCUCACACCCGGACUGCAUCCCGGAGGUGAAGGUGGCGUACGUGGACUUCCUGUGUCACUGCUACAUCGACACGGAGGUGGAAGUGAAGGAGAUCUACUCGUCCAACCACAUGUGGUGUCUGUUCGAGAAAUCGUUCCUGAUCGACAUCAACAACGUGGUGAAGGGAGGAUCGUUUACUAACCGCCAGCUCGAGAACUACGUGUGCAACGAGGUGAUGAACAUACUGACCACCUUCUUCAACAGUCAGUUCUCGGAUCAAAGCACCGCUUUGCAGAAACGGCAGCUGAUCUUCGUGAAGAUCUUACAAAACUCGUUCAAGCUGACGCAGUGCAAAUGGUUGUCGCCAUCGCAGCGCUUCAACGUGGAGAACUGCAUCCGAACGCUGUCGGAGAAGGCAAAACCGCGCGGCAUCGCCAUUCCGAUCGACCUGGAGAACCAGGUGGUGAAGAUGUUCAACAAAACGGCGAUGCUUUCGCGCCAGACCAGCAAGUGGCUGCUGGUGACGAAGCAAACGAAGAUGGAGCGCUCGCAGUCACAGAUCAUGCGCAUGGAUCGGAGCAUCAUCGAGGGCCUGCAGGACAUUGUGUCGCUGCUCGAGGACAAACUGAAACCGUUGGUCGAAGCGGAACAGUCGCUACUGGUCGACAUCCUGUACCGCUCGGAGCUACUGUUCCCGCCCAACACGGAAUCGCGCAAAAAGUGCGAAACGGGUGACUUUAUCCGGCAUCUGAUCAAGCACACGGAAAAGUUGCUGGAAGAGAAGGAAGAAAAGCUGUGCGUAAAGAUCCUCAAAACUUUGAAGGAGAUGAUGACGAUCGAUUGCGAUUACGGCGACAAGGGCGAUCAUCUGCGAACGAUCCUACUGAAGCGUUACUUUGGGAACGACUUUUUGGUGCAGCUCCCACUGGCUGCGCUUCCCGGGGCAAUCCCGGGGAUCCCGGGCCACGGUGCCGGGAUACUACAGCCGGCACUAGUGGCCGGUACCGGUAGCCCGGUGCCGGUGGCGAGCGUUUCGCAUGGGCCGGGUGCAAAGUAUCUGUUCCGGGCCGGACGUACGCUGCACGAGGUGCAGAACCACCUGGACAAGGAGGGGGCCAGUGAUCUGGUGAUCGAGCUGGUGAUCAAAUCGAUCAACUCGCCGUCGAUCUUCGUGGAAGCGAUCGAGCUGGGGAUUGCGCUGCUCGAGGGUGGCAACCCGAUCAUCCAGAAGGGCAUGUACAACAAGUUCCUGAGCAACGAUCUGAGCCAGUCGUUCUUUAAGGUGUUCUUCGACAAGAUGAAGGACGCCCAGCAGGAGAUCAAAUCGACCGUCACGGUCAACACGUCCGAUAUGGCGGCGAACAAGGCGAGCGAGAGCAAGGCGGAGGGCAAGGAUCUGGACAAGAUCGGCAACCGCAGCAAGGCACUGAACAAGGUGAACGGGAUCGUGAUAACGGAGGACUUUAAGGAGGAACUGCAGAAUGCGGCCCUGAUGACGCAACAGUCGUACAUAAAUGCGCGUAGUCUGGCCACGACCGCCGACGGGGUCGGGUCGGACAAUGGGGAUGAAAGUUCGCUCAUGAGCAUCGGCAGUUCGGCGCUGGAGGAUAUUCUGGCGGAGAAGCUCGAGAAGCACAAGGACAAGGACGAAAAUAGUAAGCUCUCGAACAAGGUGCUCGUGAUGCAGCCGAUCUUGCGCUUUAUGCAGCUCCUGUGCGAGAACCACAACCCGGAGCUGCAGAACUUGCUGCGCAAUCAGAACAACAAAACGAACUACAACCUGGUGUCGGAGACGCUCAUGUUCCUGGACUGUAUCUGCGGUUCGACGACGGGCGGGUUGGGUCUGCUGGGGCUGUACAUUAACGAGAACAAUGUGGCGCUCAUUAACCAAACGCUCGAAACGCUCACCGAGUACUGUCAGGGGCCGUGCCACGACAAUCAGAACUGCAUCGCGACGCACGAAUCGAACGGGCUCGACAUCAUCACGGCGCUCAUCCUGAACGACAUCAAUCCGCUCGGCAAGAACCGGAUGGAUCUGGUGUUGGAGCUGAAAAACAACGCCUCGAAGCUGCUGCUCGCGAUCAUGGAGUCGCGCGGGGACAGCGAGAACGCGGAGCGCAUUCUGGCCAACAUGAACCCGAAGCAGCUGGUGGAGGUGGCGUGCCGGGCGUACCAUCAGGACGAGAACAUACUGAUUUUGCGGCACGAUCUCGGUGAUGAUGGGCACGACGACGAUGAUGUUGGCGUAUCGCCGAAGGAGGUCGGUCACAACAUCUACAUCCUGUGCCACCAGCUGGCGGUGCACAACAAGGAACUGGCCGGUUUGCUCAAGAUCGAUAGCUACAGCAGCACGGCAGCCAACAGCAAAACCAACCAAGCGCUACUGUACUACCAAACGCACACGGCCCAGAUCGAGAUCGUGCGCCACGAUCGGACGCUGGAGCAGAUCGUGUUUCCGAUACCGGAGAUCUGCGAGUACCUGACGAAGGACACGAAGGUCCGGGUGCUGAACACGGCCGAACGGGACGAUCAGGGUAGCAAGGUGGCCGACUUUUUCGAUCGCCACGAGGCCAUGUUCAACGAGAUGAAGUGGCAGAAGAAGCUGCGUGGCCAGCCGGCCCUGUUUUGGGUCAGCAGCUACAUGUCGCUGUGGAGCACGAUUCUCUUCAAUCUCGCCGUACUGAUCAACCUGAUCGUGGCCUUUUUCUACCCGUUCGAAAACGCCGUCCCCGAGCUAAGCUUUCACCUUUCGUCGCUCAUCUGGCUCGUUAUGCUCGUCUCGCUGGCGAUCGUCAUCACGCUGCCCCGUAAGUCGGGCAUCCGCACGUUCGUGGUGGCCCUGAUCUUGCGGUUGAUCUUUUCCUGUGGCCCUGAGCCGACGCUCUGGCUGCUCGGGUGCAUUACGGUGGUCAUGAAGGGUGUUCACAUCAUCAGUCUGAUGGGCAACUAUGGGACGCUCGAGAAACACUUCGUAUCGAUCGUGACCGAUGCGGAGCUGCUGUACCACUUCUUCUAUCUGCUGUUUUGUGUGUUCGGUGUGCUGUUGCAUCCAUUUUUCUUCUCCAUUCUGCUGUUUGAUGUGGUGUAUCGGGAGGAAACGUUACUGAACGUCAUUCGAUCCGUUACGCGAAACGGGCGUUCGAUCAUAUUGACCGCCGUCUUGGCACUCAUCCUGGUGUACAUGUUUUCCAUCAUCGGGUACAUGUUCUUCCGGGACGAUUUUCUGGUAGCGGUCGACGAGGAGUACAGCCCAACGGUGGCGUCGCCCGGCGAUGGGGUCGACUGUUCGUCUCCGGACUCGAUGGUUCAGCAGACGUGUGCCAAGCUGACGACCCCACCGGCCGAUGGUGAUGAUGGAGAGAUGAAGGAACGGGGCUGUGAUUCGAUGAUCAUGUGCAUCAUUACCACGAUGAAUCAGGGUCUCCGGAAUGGCGGAGGCAUCGGUGAUAUCCUGCGAGCACCGAGCCGCCGGGAAACGCUGUUCGUGCCGCGCGUGAUCUACGAUCUGCUGUUCUUCUUCAUCGUGAUCAUCAUCGUGCUGAACCUGAUCUUCGGUGUGAUCAUCGACACGUUUGCGGAUCUGAGAAGCGAAAAGCAGCAGAAGGAGCUGAUCCUCAAGAACACGUGCUUCGUGUGUGGCCUGAACCGGUCGGCGUUCGACAACAAAACGGUCAGCUUCGAGGAGCACAUCAAAAACGAGCACAACAUGUGGCACUACCUGUACUUUAUCGUGCUGGUCAAGGUGAAGGACCCGACCGAGUUCACCGGCCCCGAGAGCUACGUGCACGCGAUGGUGAAGGCGAACAUACAGGACUGGUUUCCACGGUUGCGCGCCAUGUCGCUGGCCGCCGUCGACGGCGAUGGCGAGCAGAUUGAGUUACGCAGUCUGAAGAACCUGCUCGAAACCAAUCACAUUGCGGUGCGCGAACUGAUGGCACAGAUUAUGGAGCUGGAAAAUAAGAUGACGGAGCAGCGCAAGCAACGGCAGAGGCACGCCCUGCUCAAUCCAACCACCUCCACGUCGUACCAGUUCUACCCGCAGCUCUGAUGCUCUUCAGCCGCACUGCCGGAUGCCGAUUAGGGCGGCCAAGGACAGCCAGGCCUUAGAGGGGAGCACACUAGGAAUUGGGCUGCGUAUUUGGGAAGCAGAUUUGUGAUAAUCGUGCAAAAUGCUGAUUGUUGCCGAUGGCGUUACGUUUAAGGCUCUGUCCGCUGGUUCCGGGCCUAAAAGGGCUCAAGAUGUACGAAUCCGUUUUUGGGCGUUCCGUGUUUGCAAUAUUCUUCCGCUGUUUCAUAGUCCUAUCAAGUUGGCCACCAAGGGUGAGUUCUUAGAAAGAAAUGCAAUUCGGGCGACAGGGACCGAUCUUCUAUUAAAAAUGUUGUGUAUAGAAAUAAAUCCGUUACAAAUCAGUGGUCGCGAAAAGGGUUACAACUCUGUUUAACAGAACUCUAAGAUGUCGUCAAACAUUUCACUCUUUUAGGAUACGUUUUGUAACAAUCUCUUAUCUGUUCCUACCACUCCACCCGUUGGCUGUCUUUACCCUUUAUGUCCUCCCAUUUCUUUCUCUCUCUGUGAGGCUUCAAAUGUGACUGUGAAUAUUUCCCACCGCUAUCGCUAUCUUCUACCGACAGACUGAACCUUUCUAGGAUUUUUUUUUUCUAUUUCGACAACCCCUUUCUAUCCAGAUCCAGCUGUAGGACAAUAAACUCAUGGAGUCCGACUCAACAAGUUUGCUCAGAUGCAAUAUGAAGGAAUUUUCGAGUGCACUCCCAAUGGAACUCUUUGUAUCUCCAUUUUAUAGUCGUAGUAAUGCGUAGCACAGUGAAAUUUACAAUAUGCACAGCAGCGUAUGCAACGAAUAAUUGUAAUAGAUAAUACCCUAGAGCUAUCCCGGAAUCCUGAUUUGAUUUGAGCCACCUUUUUGGAAAAGAAAAAAUCCCACUUCUAUCGAAUCAAGCUAUGUGAUAUUUUUACUACCUUGCCUUUGUCUCGUUUUGCAAUCUCCGUUACAAAAGUUUUGUUUUUUGGCCAGAGCAAAAUUAGAAACCGACAACUAUUUAUGAUGUAUUUAGCUUUAAGCGCAUCUAGGAAUGGAAACGUAAUGAAUUUGCACCACUGUUUCUCUGAUGGAUCGCUCUGUUUAGGCGUCGUUGGGUAUUCAAUAAGUCUUCACCCCGUCAUUUGCCUUGUAGCACAGCACAGGUUUACUUUGAUGCCCGUUACACAGCAGCACUCCUUGCAGUAGGCAUUUCACGUUUCAAACAAGUUAUUGGCAACAUGGGAAAAAUCAAAUAGGUCAACUGUUACUAAAACAGAGAAGAAUCACGCCACAGACG